AUGAUAAUAGGCUCCUUAAUGGAAUUUCUUACAUCUAAUUUCUAUGCUCAUACAAAAUUAGUUUUGAGAUUUAGUGGAUAACAAAUAGGUGAUAGUGAAUCUACUACAAUAGGUCAUGCAAUAAGUCUUUGCAAAAACUUAACUGAAUUAUAAAUGUCCUUAUGCAGCAACAAAAUAUGUGAUACAGGUUUGGAUGGUUUAUCACAGGGUUUAGAAGAAUGUGUGAAGAUUGAAAGUUUGGCUAUAGAUUUCAGUUUCAAUUCUAUAAAAGACUAAGGAGCUGGAUUUAUUACUUCUAGACUUAAUUUACAUAAACAUUUAAAAUAGCUCUAAAUAUCAUUUAGCCAUAAUCAAUUAGCAGAUUAAUCUAUAAAAGAAGUUAUAAAAAAUUUGGGAUAGUGCGUAAAUCUAGUAGAUUUAUCUCUUUCAUUUAACAACAACUAAAUUACAGAUUUAGGAGCUAAAAAUUUUGGAACGAUAGCAAAUUAUAAAAAUAUAACAGUUCUUUCUUUAUAUUUAACUGGAAAUAAAAUUACUAAGAAAGGAGCAUAUGAGCUAGGUUCGUAAUUAGGGCUAUGUACUAAUUUAAAAUAAUUAACUCUGGAUUUAACCGGAAAUUCAAUAGGUAACAAAGGUGCUUGUGGAUUAGCAAAUGGUUUGACAAAUAUAAAGUAUUUAAAAUCUCUUAUGCUUUAUCUAAUGGGUAAUAACAUAGGGGAUGAAGGAAGAAAUGCUUUAGGAAACAUCUUUAGAUAGUUCUAAGAUCUUAUUUAACUAGUUUUGUUUUUAGGAUUUUAUAAAGACAAGACGAUGAGAUCUAAAUUAAUGAAAAUCAGAAAGCUAACUAUACUUACAUUAUCAAUUUAAGUUUGA